UUCCUUCCUCUCUCUUUCGUGAAAAGGAAACUUCACUCGGUCUUUAUUGCUUCCGUGAAAAGGAAACUUCACUCCGCGUGCUCUGUGUGUAAAGAGAGAAAUAUAUAGCACGGCGCAUAAUUUCAACGUGAUGGGACAUUCAUUGAAGACAGAGCUCUGCAAUGAACUUCAUCCUUGACAACAACACAUUGGUGUGGUAUCAGGGGUUACCGAACACCGAACAACAGUCUGUGGAAUAAGACUUUGGAGAAAUUGAUGACAAGUUUACAGACGUGAGUGGGAUUGUAGCAGCAGCAAGAGCAAAGGACACAUACAUACUUUUCGAUUGACCUUGGUCUAAAAUGGUUGAAGAGAAAAGUAUUUUUUAUCACUCCAAGUAAUAAUGAAAAUUAGAUGUGUUUUUCCAAGCAGACUGCGGAAGAAGCAAUUUAUUUCUUCAUUAUCGUCGCUGCUGGUGAUCUGUGCCUUGCUGCUGCUCUGCCUAAAGGUCACCAUUAAAAACAGUGUGACUAUUGAACAGUACGGAACUACCGCAGGCUACGAUGACGUCGAGCCUCCCCACAGCUACAACAUUGACUGCAAUGCCAUCUACAACAUGGAUCCGGCCGAGGUGGGGAAGUCACUGGUCUUCAGAAAACAAGGGGUGGUGUGGGAGCAGGAUGAGAGCUUGAUCAACCUGACCUCUAACUGCCCACGCUACCUCCGCUCCCGGGGCUAUGGCACCGUCCAGGUGUCCGAGGAGGAGGAGGCCUUUCCACUGGCUUACUCCCUGGUGGUCCACAAAUCUGCCUUCAUGGUGGACAAGAUCCUCCGGGCCAUCUACACCCCUAACAAUAUCUACUGUAUCCACUACGACCUGAAGUCAUCAGAACUGUUCAAAGAGGCCAUGGAGGGUCUGGCCCGCUGUCUGCCCAACGUCUUUAUCGCCUCUAAGCUGGAGACAGUGAUGUACGCCAGCAUUAGCCGCCUCAAAGCCGACCUUAACUGCCUGUCUGACCUCAUGGGGUCAGAGGUCAAGUGGAGGUAUGUCAUCAACCUGUGCGGUCAGGACUUUCCCUUGCGCUCCAACAUAGAGCUGGUGGCCGACCUGAAGAAGCUCCAGGGGGGUAAUAUGAUGGAGACGAGUCGUCCAAGCAAAUACAAGAAGCAGCGUUUCUCCUUCCACCACAAGCUGCAGGACGCCGCCUUUGAGUACAUCCAGAUGCCAGUGAAAACCGACAAGGCCAAGGAGCCUCCCCCACGCGGCAUCCAGAUGUUCAUUGGCAGUGCCUACUUCGUGCUCUCGUGGGAGUUUGUAGCGUAUGUGAACACGUCUACACUGGCUAGGGAUUUCCUGGUGUGGUCGAACGACACCUACUCCCCAGACGAACACUUCUGGGCCACUCUGACACGGGUGCCGGGCGUGCCGGGCGAGGUGCCCCGGGCCCAGGCCGACAUCACAGACCUAAUGAGCAAGACCAGGCUGGUGAAGUGGAGUUACCUGGAGGGACCACUUUACCCAACAUGCACAGGGAAACAUGUCCGCAGUGUGUGUAUCUAUGGGGCUGGGGAGCUGUACUGGCUCAUGAACUACGGCAGCUGGUUCGCCAAUAAGGUGGACCCCAAAGUUGACCCAGUCCUUAUCCAGUGUCUGGAGGAGAAAUUAGUGGAGAAACAGAGACUCUUGGUCAAGGCUAAGAAGUCAAAACCAAAGACUCCCUCCUCUGGAAAAUGAAUGAAUGAUGAAUGAUGAAUGAAUGAUUGAUUGAUUAAUAAUAGCUUGAUUCAUGUUGGAAUAUGGACUACUGUAAUUACAGCACCAUUUUAGUUUUUUUAGUUUUUUUUACAGUUUUUGUGUGUGACUUGAUUAUGUCAGAAACUUAAUUGAGGUGUGCUUUAAGGUACUAAUGAAAGAUGAAGUGGAAUGCUGGAUGAGAGACUCUGUCGGGUCUCUGGGUUAGAGUUAAACUAUUGUUUUGCACCUUGAUACUUGACGUGAGGAAUGUUUGCCAUAGCCUGACUUGAAUGUGAUAUGGAUCGGGUAACAUAACCAGGGCAUAACCUCUGCUCACAGGGUGAAAGCCUGUGUCAACCAGUGUAUAAUGACUAUGUAUAUUUAACUAAUACCCACUGGGCACAAACUGGUUGAGUCAAAUCAAAAUGUAAAUUUAUUUGUCACAUACACAUGGUUAGCAGAUGUUAUUGCGAGUGUAGCGAAAUGUUGUUUCCACGUAAUUUCAAUCAAAUUGCGUUGAACCAACAUAGAAUAGACGUUGAAUUGACAUCUGUGCCCAGUGGGUACUGACAGACAGGCGUGAAUGAUUAUGGCGACUCUGUGCACAUGCACAGCCAGACAGAACAGAUGAUAUGCAGCCUUGUUAAAUGCUGUAGCCUAUUCACUGUGAGAACAUUUUGGCCAAAGUAAAAUGUUUAGACUGGUGAUUUCUAAAGUGAUUUCUCUGUUUCUCAAAGCAAUACUCAAUCCAGAUGUUGUUUUAAUGAUUUAAAUGAAAGAGUAUUUUGUAAGAGAUAAAUAAAUGUGAGAAAAAAAAGCGGG